AUGAGCUGCCCUGGAGUGCGACUGCUGCUCUGGCUGCGCGAUGGAGUCCGGGCCGAAUCUACAAUGAGCCGCUCAGGAAAGGGCACCUGGGAUAGAACCCAAAUUCUCGAGAUCUCAGUGCUGAUUUGGGACGACGCCCGUGAGGGGAAGGGAGGCAAAGACAAGCUGGUUCUGGAAUUUACCUUCACCAAACCUGCCCUGGCCGUGCGCAUGGGACAUGACAAGAUCAUCAUUGUGCUGAGGAACCGGAUUUACGUUUAUUCCUUCCCGGAGAACCCCACCAAGCUCUUCGAGUUCGACACGCGGGACAACCCCAAAGGGCUCUGCGAUCUCUGUCCCAGUCUGGAGAAGCAGCUGCUGGUGUUCCCCGGGCACAAGUGUGGCAGCCUACAGCUGGUGGACCUGUCGAGCACCCAGCCGGGCACCUCGUCGGCGCCGUUCACCAUCAACGCCCACCAGGGCGAGAUCGCCUGCGUCUCCCUCAACCAGCCGGGCACUGUGGUGGCGUCGGCCUCGCGCCAGGGCACCCUCAUCCGCCUCUUCGACACCCAGAGCAAGGAGAAGCUGGUGGAGCUGCGCCGGGGCACGGACCCCGCCACCCUGUACUGCAUCAAUUUUAGCCACGACUCGUCGUUCCUCUGCGCGUCAAGCGACAAGGGGACGGUUCACAUCUUCGCCCUGAAGGACACGCGCCUGAACCGCCGCUCCGCGUAGGUACCCCCCCUGGGACCCC